ACUAACAGACUGAAAUCUCUAAUCUAACAGACAAGAACAAAGGAGGAGAGGGUUUUGAUAUAUUUUAAAGCAGCAAAAUAACCAUCUGAGGAUUUCUAGCUGGCUUCCAGCUAACACCCCAUAAGCCAGUGGUUUUGCUGAUUUUUUUUCUUCAGCAAGAUGAAGAAGAAGCAUCUGUGGACUGGGAUCCUGACAGCAGUGCUCUUGGCUCUCAUUGUAUUCUUUGGCAUUUUCUUUGGGCUGCGCUCUAAGUCAUCUUCUGAGCAACAAGACCUGCGUGUCUACAAAAGGGCAGCUGUGGCCACAGAUGCAGGCCAGUGCUCUGUUGUGGGGAGGGAUAUUAUUCAGAAAGGGGGAUCAGCUGUGGAUUCUGCCAUUGCAGCUCUGCUCUGUGUAGGCCUGAUGAAUCCACACAGCAUGGGCAUUGGAGGGGGCCUCUUCUUCACUAUAUAUACAGCUGAUGGGAAAGUGGAAAUCAUUAAUGCCAGAGAGGUGGCACCGAAGAAUGCAUCUCUGAACAUGUUUGGCAACGACACAGACCUGUCCCAGAAAGGAGGAUUGUCCAUUGCCGUUCCUGGAGAAAUCCGUGGUUACCAAAUGGCGCACAAGCGGCAUGGCAAGUUGCAAUGGAGGGAGCUGUUUCUGCCCAGCAUCAAACUGGCAAAAGAAGGUUUCCCUGUUGGGAAAGGCCUGGCAGGAGCUCUCAAAAGCAAGGAGAAGAGAGUUGAAAGCAAUCCAUCUUUGUGUGAGGUCUUCUGCAAAGGAGGAAAAGUCCUCAAAGAGGGGGAGAUACUCAGACUGCCUAAACUAGCAAAAACCUAUGAGACAUUAGCCAAUGAGGGACCUGAUGCCUUUUAUAACGGGAGCUUAGCUCAUCAAAUUGUCACAGACAUCAAGAAUGCAGGGGGGAUUGUUACACUUGAAGACCUGCAGGAUUAUCAGCCAGUUCUAGAUGAAAAUCCAUUAAAUAUAACCCUUGGUGAAUUCACAUUGUAUGUGCCCAGCGCCCCGCUAAGUGGUCCUGUGCUAGCACUCAUCCUCAAUAUUCUGAAAGGAUACAAUUUCUCCAGCAACAGUAUCAAGACUCUGGAGGAAAAGGGCUUGACUUACCACCGCAUUGUGGAGGCUUUCCGGUUUGCCUAUGCAAAGAGGACUUUAUUGGGGGACCCAGCGUUCAUCAACAUCUCUGGGGUGAUCAGCAACAUGACGUCAGAGUCCUUUGCUGCUAACCUGCGGGCCAGACUCACGGACAAUUCUACCCAUAAGGUUGGAUACUAUGAGCCGGAGUACUACACUCCAGAUAAUGCUGGUACAUCCCACCUCUCCGUUGUGGCUGAUGAUGGCAGUGCUGUGUCCGCCACCAGCACCAUCAACCAAUACUUUGGGUCAGAUGUUCGUUCCACUGUGUCUGGAAUUAUAUUUAAUGAUGAGAUGGAUGACUUCAGCUCCCCUCUAAUUAUUAACGGCUUUGGGGUUCCACCUUCGGCUGCCAACUUCAUUGCCCCAGGUAAGCGGCCUCUGUCUUCCAUGUGUCCAGCCAUUUUGGUGGAUCAGAAUAACAAUGUCAAGAUGGUGGUUGGUGCCUCUGGAGGGACAAAAAUUACCACAGCAACAGCAUUGGCAAUCAUACAUUCCCUUUGGUUUGGAUAUGAUGUUAAAAAGGCCGUGGAAGCACCACGAGUCCACAAUCAGUUGUUUCCUAAUGUUACUGAACUGGAGGAGGAUCUGGAAAAGGGAGUAGAAGAAGAGCUAAAGAAAAGACUGCAUGAGACUGAACGGGUCGAUGGGGGAGCUGUUGUACAGGCCAUCCUCAGGACAGAUGGGGGAUGGACUGCAGCAUCAGAUUCCCGGAAAGGGGGAUACCCAGCAGGCUACUGAAUUUGUAUUCCAGUUGCUUCGAUGCAUCAUGUACUGAACUGUAUAUUGCGAGAACCUCUGGAGUCCACUGAGAUAAAUACAUCCCCAUCCCCACCUCCUAGAGCUGUGGUCAAAAAACUGUAUCCUCCAGGUUUCAAAAUGUUACCGAUAAGCCUCAAAGCAACCACAAGCCCCAAGUAAUUAAUAUAAACUUAUCUUGUAAUAUCAAAGCCUUUAGGAAAGUUCUAGUUUCUUAUACUGUUGCUGAGGGAAAUAGUUAAAAAGAGAUGGCUGUCCACUUGUGGAAUUAAGGAUUACUUAGACCCAAAUGACUUAUUAUGCACAGCAGAGGGCUAUCCUGCAUCAUUUUUGUUUUGGACCUAUAAAGGAUACCCUUUCCAAUAACUCAAACAAUGCCAUUGAAUAAUGGGACGUUGGUAUGAUGACAAAUGAAGAGAACGUUGUCCCAGAAGUAUGUCAAAAUAGAUUACAAGACAUUUACUGAAACAAAACAAAAGCAAAUGUUGAAAAUGAUUUUGAUUGAGUUGCAACAGUUUGACAGAAAGAAACUAGAAUUUUGUGGAUACUAAUACCCGUUUUAUUCAUAGGCAAGAAAACGGUCACCAAAACUUAGCAGGGGUUGUACUAGGGUGAGAGCUUGGUUGUAAAAAUCAAAAGUGUUUGACUUACUAAUGCCUGAAGCUUUCAGGUCAGAGCUUUUAGAAAAAGCCCCUUAAAAAUUGAUUUCUACCUCUUAGAAUUUUGAUUACAGCUUUAAAGAAAUAGUGAAAUUUAAUUGUACAGUGUGGUAGUCUGAAUUACACAGGAAACCUUUCUUGCCAUUAUUUGGUGAAACUGCACGGCAAAAGUGCCUCCUGUAAAAUCAUUUCCUCCUAUAAAAUACUAUUGGUUUUGUACAGGGAAGUGAACAGGACAUACCUGCAUUAUUUUCUACAUGAGACUAUCUGGUCAAAUGAGAGAGCAUUUUUAAUAAUUGCCCAGGUUAUAGUUUAAUAAUUCCAUUGAAGGUCACUGAAUAUAGAACUUUGUGCUUAGCUCAUUUAUCUCCCCAGCAUGAUGUGUGGAAUGUCUGGAAGAAUAAACGUACCAUCCAUCCAGAGAGAGUUCAGUCUCCAAAGGAAGAAAAUAAGAGAUGUAGUGCCUUCAAAGGAAACUGGGGAAAUUAUUAGGUCUCUAGAAGUCUUUAGGAAGUAUAAGAUGGGUUUUCCAAUGAGAAUUAGAUCAGAAUAUCUCAAUUCCUUGAUUUGUAUGCAACCAUAAUUUUUAGAAGACCAGCUUAAAACAGGCAGUAAAGAAGAUUUUAACUAACUAGCGUUCCUACAGCUACUUGGAGCUGGGCAUUAGGGUCUGGAUUUUAUUAUUUUCUAAGUCCUUUAAAAUACUAUACUUCUACUUCAAAACUUAUAGGAUGCAGACAUAAAGAUAGGUGUCCCUGAGGUUCUACAAAUGGAUCCUAUCAAAAGUGUGUUUCUCUUAUUGUGGCUGUCCAACAAGUUUAUUUUCUAUUUAUUGGAAUCAUGAGAAUCAUGGGAAAGAGAUGCUGCUGAAUGCCCUAAAUAUACUUGAAUGGCUUUUAAAAAAAAAUCUAUAAUAAAUAUAUAUAUUUUUAAAUUGC